UUAAAAAAGAACAAAGUUCAGGGCGGCGACACUAUCGCGAUGUUCAAAGCCAUUACACAAUGUGAGUGUGGGUGUACUGCAUGUUACCAUGACAAUUCUUUGCAAUACAAUUUCCUUGUCGAACAAAACAGGGUGAAAUGUGACAAAUUGUGGCAUUUCAGCGAAAAAUGCGCCCCCGCUUUGCAACCAUCAAUCGGCAGCAUUUACCUCAUUCCUCGGGAGGAGUGCUUUGGAAAACCAGAAAAACCGAACGAGUCAAAUUCUCCAGUAAUUGAAAACGUCAUUCCAUCUGAGGAGAAAUCUUUUGGUGGCGAAGGUCUACAUUUGAAGCCUCCUCGAGAUCCUUUUCCACCUAUCCCAGUGGAGAUCCUUCCAAUAGUGCCAGACUGUCCUAUAGGAGAGAAAGCACGAGUCCAGGUUAUAGAUGGGGUAGAGUAUCCCGAUGCAACACGACUUCCUCUACUCUGCCGCUCUGCACAGUACGAUCGUCACUCCUCUAAAUGUUUCCUUUAUCCCGAUGCUGUGAAUCCGAACGGAUAUCUGGAGUAUAAACCCAAUAUCGACGUUUUGUACACAGAAAAAAUCUGCAUCUCAGGUCAGUAA